AUGAUCGAGGAUACAGUUAAGAAGGUGAGGGAGAUUCAAGCGGCGCAAGAUCGCCAAAAGAGCUACGCGGACUUGAAGCGUAGAGAGGAGGAAUUUGAGGUCGGUGACAAAGUAUUGUUAAAGGUGUCACCAAUGAAAGGUGUAAUGAGAUUUGGAAAGAAAGAAAAGCUUAGCCCAAAGUACAUUGGUCCACAUGAGAUAUUGCAAAGGAUAGGCAAAGUGGCUUAUAGAUUGGCCUUACCUAUGGAACUAAGUAAAGUGCAUGAUGUAUUUCAUGUAUCUCAGUUAAGAAGGUAUAUCCCUGAUAAGUCACAUGUGCUACAACCCGAAACUAUUGAGUUAGAUCAAAGCUUAACUUAUGAGGAAAGACCUGUCAAGAUCCUUGACAGUAAAGUGCGUAGUACACGCAAUAAGGAAGUUAAGAUUGUCAAAGUGCUAUGGUCUAACCAAGAGUAUGAGGAAGCAACUUGGGAAGCCGAGGAUGAGAUGAAGAAGAAAUAUCCUGAGUUGUUUAAGGUAUGUUAUUUUGAGUAA